AUGGUGGAGGCGACGUGCUUUCCCAGCACUCACGGUGCACUGCCAGAGGUCGAGAAUCAGCUGGACAGAGCCUUCCAAAUCUUUUGGGAAAAGCUGGAGGCCCUUCUGUUCCCUACGGACCCAGAGGCUGUGCCGGAAACCAGGCUACACGCUCACCCACACCAGGUCAAGCGGGAGGAAGCACAGACUCCCCCGGCAUUGAAACACCCAGGGGGUUGGAGGCAACGAGACAACCGCAAGCAGCGGGAGAUCAGAGAUCAGCCGGGCGGCAACACGAACACACCGACGGCCCUGCAGAACAAGAGAACAAUCGCGCGGACGCACAUCAACCCAUCCUCACGCCAACUGGAUAGCGGAGACCCAACACCAGGAGACCAGACCCACAACCCA